AUGGAUCCAUAUAGUCAAGAUUCAAGUUUUGUAGACCUGUUAACUAGUCAAACCACAUACAACACUCUUGAAACCAAUUCGUAUGCUGAGGAUCCAAGCCUAGGUGAAGGUGGACCUAAGGAGCGUAGAGAAAGAAGGAAGUGGUCUCACACAGAAGACGUGUUGCUCAUCAGUGCUUGGCUGAACACUAGCAAGGAUGCAGUUACUUCGAAUCAGCAAAAAGGCAAUACUUUUUGGCAUCGCAUUGCAGAUUAUUAUGCCAAGAGUCCUAAGCUAGCCGGUACAGAUAAGAGAGAGCCCCUUCACUAUAAGGGAAGGUGGCAGAAGAUCAACGAUCAUGUUAGCAAGUUUGUUGGGAGCUAUCAUGCGGCAACAAAAGAGAGGUCAAGUGGCCAGAGUGAAGAUGAUGUCAUGAAAAUGGCUUACCAAAUAUUCGCCAACGAUUACAAGAUGAAGUUCACUCUUGAGCAUGCUUGGAGGGAGCUUCGCCAUGAGCAGAAAUGGUGUCUCUCUUAUGCCACAAAAGAUAAUGGAUCAUCAAAGAGAAGAAAGAUUGAUGAUCAGACUUCAAACUCCGGGCCAGUUAUGGAUGCUGAGGAGGAUCAAGCUCAACCUCCUGGAAUUAAGGCAGCAAAGGGCAAAGGUAAAAGGCAUGUGAGCAAACCAACAUCUAGUCAAGCAAUUGUUGCUUCUAGUGAGGGGUUUGAGAGCAUGUGGGAUAUAAGGCAAAAGGACUUUGCUUUGAAAGAGAAGCAAAGCUUGCGUAAAGAGAAGAUUGUCAAGCAUAUGCUUGACAGUCUACUCGCAAAAACAGAGCCACUUACUGAACAAGAAAUGGCUUUGAAGAAUAAGUUAAUUAGUGACAUGUUGGAGAUCUAG